CAAUUUUGGAAGCAUGGCAGAGGUUGGCCGGGUGCAAAGCUGACAAGCUGACAACAGCAGUCACGCAACAAAGAUACCGCGACCGUGAUGGAGUGCAUGGCAUCUCAAUUCUAUUUGUUCUAUUGCUUCAUCGCCGAGGACAAGCCAAACCGCGCCGUUCUCGAGAGCUCAAAUAGCAGAGACGAAGCCUUGUCUUCUACAUUGCCAUGAUUCGUGUAAAGAUCCGAUACAACAGCCCAUCGGCACAGGGGAAAAUUCUGCGCUUUGAUGAGUCCAUGAAGUUCCAAGCUUUGCUUUCCAAAAUCCUAAGGAAAUUGGGCAUCCAAAGCAGUGAACAUGACCUGAACCAGUUCCAACUGUUAAUGGAUGGCAACGUGGUUGUGGAGGACACAAGUGAGCUUGAUGAUGGUGAUGACCUCAUCGUGAAGAAGGUCAACAGCUUUAGUAGCGAGGAUUCCGAUCCUAGUAUACCAGGCAAAGAGCGAUCCGGCACUUCCAAACAGAAGGCCAAACAAACGAUGCCGAAAAAGAAAAGUAUGGAACGAAAAGAUCCAAAAUGCACAAACCAACAAUCUGAUAGCGCAACUGCCGUCGACAAGACAGAAGAAGGCCCAAGCGAAGAGCAUCAAGCGCAACCAAAGGUGGAUACCAAUGCACGAAACGCCGCCAAAAUCAAGAACAGGCCCAGGGACAACGACCGGAAAGAGAAACCGAGGCAGGAAAAGGCGAAUCGGUCUGGGAGACGCCCGCGCAAGAGCGACGUUCCACCUCCUGACCGAGUGAAAAGUCUAAGUGAAUGGGCAGUCUAUGAGACCACAUCCUCGGAGGACAGCAAGGAUCCCGACUUUGAAGCUUCUGAUACCACCACCACUACCUCCACCAGUUCUUCAAGUGAUGAGGACUCUAGUGAUUCCAGCGAAGAGGAGGACGCACAAGAGACAGUAAGAAGGGACCAGAGAAGCAAAUCAGGGACCGAGAGGACACAGACCGUGGGACAUGGUCAGUCUACUUUUGAGGCAGACACUUCUACAGUACAUGGUCAACGCUUCGAACACGCCAUUUCUUCUAUGACGAGGCAUCCAGGUGCCAGAGAAUCCUUCUACAACCGUGAUGAUGCUGUUCCUGAUGCCCCCUCAAGUGACGGAGUCUUGCGCAAUACAGAUGAUCUUGAAGCUGCAGAGAGACAACAUGCGUCAGAAACUGAGUGGAGCUCGAAUCCUGUCUCCGACGAGCCCACAAACCGCACUAGAAUUCACACAGAAGAUCAACCUACAGCCGAAGAACCUGCUGCGACCUCGACAAGCACCGCAAUAAAAACAGAACCCUCCUCUGACAGUGAACACAUUUACGAAGAUACCUCUGCCAACAAUGGCGGACUUAAAACAACGGUUGUCAACACAAGCGGACUUACCGGUACACUGCGGGUUCAUCUCCCGGGCCGCCAGGAACUGGCAACCGAGGAAAGGAAAGUGGCGCACAACAACCGGCAAAUACCUCCGGAUCCCAGGGGUGACAGAGUUGCCACUCCUGACGUGGACCGCAUUCUUCCAGAUGAAAUAUGGAGCACAGGCAACGCUAGAUCAGCAGGGCGGCCUGGGAUGUCUACCAUAACUGAAUUGGCUCUGGAGGACACAAGCGGAGGUCCUGGCACCCUGAGGCGACAACAAAGAAGCGAAAGUGAACAUCGAUCGAGCAAAGAGAUGACUUACCAGACCGCCUGGAAGGAACCUUCUUUACCAGAGGCAUCCAUUGCUGCUUCCGAACCAGUGCCACCCGCUGCUGCGUCCGAACCAGUGCCACCCGCUGCUACGUCCGAACCAGUGCCACCCGCUGCUACUUCCUCAAACGCCGAUUCGGACAUGCCCGCCCUUUCACAUGCUCCCAAGAGGCACAAUGUGAACCUCAAUUCGUUCGUUGUGCAAGCGGUUGCUGGUAGCGGGCGAAUAUCACCAAAGUCGGUGUUCAUAUAUCAGACGAAGAAUCAGCGUCCGUAUCCAAAUGCAAAGGCGGCCAUUUGGUACCGAUGCGGUAUUCAAUGGUUUGAUUGUGCUGUCGACGACGAAGACCCACGAAUUCAUUGGCCCAGUGCAAACUUCGAGCUCUGGCGGAGUCUCGACAAGCCUUUCAGUUCCAUCAUAGGGAUCCCCGACGGUUACAGAUGGUUUGCAAGCAACGCUGAAGCCAAAAUGUAUGCUUCUCUUUCCUUUAUUCUUUACCACAAAGAACAGUUUGGGGGUGAUACAUCUUUGAAACGAUUCCUUGAGAUACCAGCAUCCCCGACGGAAGUGAGCCCAUUCGAAGGCAUCGCUUCUCAUUGCGUGUUUGUAGAUCCGACAGGCAGGAAAAUUGCUGUGGGUGUCAGAGACAACGACGGUGCGACCGGGUAUUUCUUGGUCGAUGAGGAAGGCAACCGAGCUAGCGAGGUCCUCAAGCUCCCUAUUCUAGGAACCGCAACACGCGCUGGGAACUACGCUAACCAAAAAGUUCCAUACCGCGGCAUCAUUCGCCACUUGGGUCCCUUUGACCGAGAAUCACGCUGCUACCUAGGGUGCAUAUACAACUUGAAAGUGAGAUGGUCUGAUGGCUCUGUCAGCAACGAGCCUCUGACAGCUUUCGCGGAGGAUGCGUGGAAUGAUUGCGUUGAGUAUGCGAGGAAACACAAUCUGCUCUCCAAGAAAGGCUGGAAAUUUUUGAAUGGCAGGAAGAACCACAUGCGUCCAGGCAACGGCGAUACCAGGCACAAUGAGAAUGCCUCUCAUGGUCGGGGCUAUUAUGUUGGGCAUGCUAAAAGGGUCGAAAAGAGCUACGAUCGUUCGGAGAAUUCGAAACGCCCACGCCGCUUCUGA